GAUUCAUCUACCUUUGCCACCCUAAUCAAAUUCUUAGUUUUUGAGACAAAAUUAAAAUCGAAUGUAAACCAUUAUGUGCUGGAAUCGACGGUUAAUUGUAAUGGUUGUGCUUAUCGUCGCGCUGACAAUGAUCAUUUUUGUAGUAUUUCAUAUAUAUGAUAGAUAUUACCAAACAUAGCGUGUAUCAAAACUCGAUUUCAAAAUUGCUCGAAAACAUGUGCCUGCGUCUGCGUAAUGCUUUACUUUUUUGUGCAUUGGUAAUGGCUGUAAAAAUAAUCGUUAUCCUUUACUUCGUCCUGAGACGUCGGGACGGGCAGAUUACCAGAUCCCAUGGAUAGUGGUUGCUGUUCCUGCGCCUGCAAGAUGCUUUUGAGCAUCGUGUUUUCCGCGCUCCUCAUGGUCGUGGUUAUCGGCUUGAUUGUCUACUUCACGGUCUUCUAUCACAAGGAUAAGGAUACGGAGGAAGUGAAGAAUCAGGUCGCUAAGAUGGCGCCCAUUGUGAAGCGCAGCAUACGCGACUACUUCAAUAAGGAAUACUGAUCUGAGGACGUGAAUUUUUACUGUAGGCUAUAUUAAUAAUAACUCCACGAAAACAAAACGAACCGAAAACCAGAA